AUGUCAUCGGCUCAGGGGUCAUCGAGGCAGCAAAGGGGGAACUCAGUUGUGGCGGCAUCAGCUCCGGCAACGGGUCCAGACGGAGGUUGUAUCGGGGAUCUCGAGUCGACUCAUCACGAGGCGAUGAUGGACACAGUUGAUUUGUCUCGCUCCCAGAGGCUUUUGGUCGCAGAUGCUACACGGCUUGCGAGGGAAGGGAGCGAGAACGUCGUCGUGGGGGAUGCAACAGAGUGUGCGAGAGACGGACAGAGUGGGGCGGUGCCCGUUGACUCGAUUACUUUGAGGGUUCGCGCAGUGGAAGACGAUUCUUCGGAAGACGACGACUCUGAAGCCGAGUCGUUUCCGACGACCUUCUAUCCCGAAGGGAUUUUCGAGGAGCUUCCACGACUACAUCCUGACUUAUUGCGCCCUGCUUUCGUGGCUGGUCAAGAUUGGGACGGUGUGGAGGAGACUAAGUCGACCCUGAGGAGCGUGAAGAGGGUUCUUCGGGCCAAGAACGCUACAGGCGUGACCUUCCUCAUCCCUACGAAGGAGCAAAGGCCUUGGUCUCCUCCGAUCGGGUACCAAACAGUAUACGAGUCUUAUUUCCAGGAUGACACUCGCUGUUGGUUCCCCAUCCCGCGACUGAUCACCGCGUACGCUAGGCGGCGAGAUAUCGCGAUUAGUCAGUUACUGAACGGCUCGCUGCGACUAGCCGUCACUCUAUCAGUCCUAGCGGAGGAGAUUGACAUGCCGAUGAGCGUCAGGUCGUUCGAGGAGAUGAACUCGAUAACCGAUAUGAAGGACGGAACCUACUCGGUGAAGAUGCGACCAAACUGCAAUGUGUGCGCCGUUGGCCAUCCCACGUCUCCAGUCUAUCCUGAGGAUUUCCUGAAGAGCGUUCGAGCCGUCGCUUUGCUUCGGAUCUACCGUUGGUCCGAGAUUACCGUCGAGAAGAUUCGCGAACUUAAGGACCGGAUCGCUCGAAGAGAGUGGAGAUCUGACCUUCCGACCGUUCUUCCUAUUCGCACCAAGCGACUAGACAUCUUCCCGAAGGACAUCCAGAAGCAAGUUUCUGAAGCAAAGAGGAUGGGAACUCUUCCUGAUUUGAGCGCGAUAUUAGCCGCCCAGCUGGGACUGGCCAGCGAGGAGGGACCCUCGACGACGGUUCCUUGCGCUGGUGAGGUUCCCGCUUCUGGUGCUAGAAACGCGGGGAAGGGUAAAAAAAGGAAGAGGGGCGGCUCGGGAGUCGAGGGGAGCGCCGAGGAGGCGAGCGACGUUCCUCCUUCUGGUGAACCCCAGAAGAAGAAGAAGAAGAAGAAGAAGAAGAAGAAGAGGACAAAGAAGCCCGUUGAUGAGCAGUCGGGGAACCUCGAAGAACCGACUGAGAUUGAGGGAGGUGAUGUUCAAGAAGAAGAGCUUCAACCCGGAGAGGAGGCUUCUGAGGCUGAAAUCUCGGGAGAACGGGACGACGCGGCGGAAGUUGGUGAAGGGGAGGAAUCUGAAAUUCCUCUUAACGCCGCCCGUCCGGACGGUUCUGAAGAAGACAGCGGAGAGUCGCUGCUUUUGAUCAGGAGACGUAACGACGAGGUUGGCGAUGAGGCGCGAUCUCCUAUUCUGGCGUCUUCUCGCGAGGGAACUUCGGUUCCCAUUGGGGAAGGGGUUGCUCAGAUCGGCACUUCUUCUCGCAGCUCCGUUAUCUUGAGGAGGGUGCCCGGAGUCAACUUUCCAGACAAGGUUUCUUUCCACUAUGAGGGACCGGCCCCUCUAGUGUACGUUUCCGAGAAGUGUGGAGAGUUCCUUCGCCAAUUAAGGGGGAGGGUGAAACCUUUGCCCACUGUGAAGGACCUCAUCUUUGGGGGUGAAUACGAGGAAGCCGCGAGGGCCAAGCUGCUGGGGGAUAGUGCGACGAACGUCGUGAUCGAUAAGUACGACACUGCCCUGAAGGGAGCUUUAGAGGAAGCUUCUGCUCGCCAGCUGAAUGCGUCGAGGGCUGACGUCGAGAGGCUUAACGGGAUGGUUGCUCGCAUCAUCCCUCGAAGAGACGAGCUCAAAGCCGAGUUGGAGGUAUCCCGAGGAGUCGUUCGUGAGCUCGAGCGGAAGAACGCCGAACUUGAGAGCGAGAAGGUUUCGCUCGCUGUGUCUCAUGAAAGAGAGAUGAGGCGCCUUAGAGACUCCAGGAUCCUGGAAGUGACGAGGGAAAGGGGAAGAGUUGAGGUCGAGAUGGCCGCGAAAGCUAAUCGUCGCUUCGCUAGGAUUCGUUCCCGAGAAGAGCGACGAGGUCCCUAUGAGGAGGCCCGGUUGCUUCAUAGCCAAGCAUUUGGAACCAGGAAAUGCCUUGAGGCUUUGAAGAGGGCUGGGAGCGACAUCUCGCAAGCUACUAUCGAGAUAUUCGCCGAGCAAGAGAAGAAAUACGAGGAGGAAGCCAAGAAGCUUAGGGUGGGCGAGAUACCCGGGGAAGAUCUCACGCUUUCUCCUCUCGUAUUGGACUCUCAAUUUGUGGAUGCUCGAAUCUUGGCGAGUCUCGAUCCGUAUGGGUCCAACGCCGGCUUGAUCGAUCCGGAGACUGCAGCGAGUCUUCAUGUUCCGCUUACCCAUCCGACUGAAGAGCGGCGCGAAGACCCGACGCUUCUUCUUGAAGGUCCUUCGGCCGAUCCAGAGAUCGUCCCGAGAUCAGACGAAGUGCAUGCUUCUCCAGCUGCUCGUGAGUCAAGCGUCAGGGCUUCGGAGCUCUCCGUCCUCAACGAUCGUGAGAGCGAUCGGGAAGCUUAG